UUUUUGGGUUUUGCGCUUUUUACUUUCCUUUUCCCUCUCAUAUUUCAGUUUUAUACACAGUAUGUACCGCUCAGCCGCGCUCAGGCCGCUCACCUAUAGACUGACGUCCAGGCAUCUGCUGUGCCUGGACACUGCGCCCAGACGACUCGCAUUGCCUGCGCACAGGCCGCUGCUCACGGCAAGAAAAUUACAUUCGUCUGUAAACCGCUCAGCAGCGCCCGCUGUUGCUGCCGUCAAAGAGCACGAUAAUGCAGACAACACACACGGGCCUGUAAGCGAGUAUAGGCACAUGGUCGAGGUCGGCCAGUUCAUUGACGACAGUUUCCAGCGAUCGAUAGUCUCCAGGCUCGAGCGCCUUUAUCAGGAGCUUCUGGGCUACUCUCCAGCGCCAGUGGGCGAGCAAAAGCCGGCUGCGGGGUAUUUCUGGAAGCUUUUCCAAAGGGGCAGCACAAAUACCGGAAUGCCGCAAGGCACGCCCAGGGGGCUGUACAUAUAUGGCGAUGUCGGGACAGGCAAGACGACCACGAUGGACUUGUUUUAUGACACGGUUCCGACAGAAAAGAAGCGGCGGAUCCACUUCCAUGCAUUCAUGCUUGACGUGCAUGCGCGCAUCAACACAUUCAAGCGCACACACAAGUCCACAGACGACCCAGUUCCAACAAUAGCCCGCGAGUUGGCCUCCGACGCCUACGUGCUGUGUUUCGACGAGUUCCAGGUCACCGACAUUGCCGACGCGAUGGUCCUGCGGCGCCUGGUCACGGAGCUGUUCCACAACGGCGUGGUAAUUGUAACCACGUCGAACCGGCAUCCAGACGAGCUGUACAAAAACGGAAUCCAGCGCGAGAGCUUCCUGCCGUGCAUUGAGCUGCUGAAGCAGCGCUGCGAGGUGGUCUCGCUCGACUCGGGCACGGACUACCGCAAGAUUGCGCAGGAGUCCGGGUCUGUGUACUUUUCGCCGAUCACUGCCGACACCAACAAGGUCAUGCAUGCCCUGUUUGGCCUGGCUUCGGAGAGUGCCCCGGUGGCAACGAACCAGCCGCUGCGCUUCCUCGGCCGCACGCUCAACGUCCCAGCCUCGGCCAACGGUGUCGCGCGGUUCACGUUUGCGCAGCUGUGCAAGGACGCGCACAGCGCUGCCGACUACAUUGAGCUGGCGAAGCACUACAAGGCCGUGUUUCUGACCGACGUGCCCGUCAUGCACAUGUCGGACCGCAACGAGGCCCGCCGGUUCAUCACUCUGAUUGAUGCCCUGUACGAGGCGCACUGCGUGCUGAUCAUGAGCUCCGAAUCCGACAUCUACACGCUCUUUACUGGCCACGCCGAAAUGAGCGACUUCCAGAGCUCGCGCGCCGCCACCCUGCCCACGCCCACCGACGCCAUCCAGUCCGCCGACAAGUUCUCCGCCGUCUCCACCUAUGCUGGCGAGGAAGAGGUGUUUGCCUUCCAGCGCGCCAUCAGCCGGCUCGUCGAGAUGUCCUCGCAGCGCUGGAUCAUAGCCGGCCAGAACAAGGCGCUGGCCGAGAACGCGCGGCGCCAGGAGCACCAGGAGUUGGCCGCCCGCGAGGACCGCGUCGCCGUGCGCACCCACAAGCGCAUCAGCGAGAGCCUGCGCGAGCGCCAGAAGGCAGUGCUCGAGCGCUCGCACCAGGACGAGUUUGACGACGAGGAGGACCACGAGAUUGGCCAUCCGCCAGCCUCAACGUUUGCCCAUUAAUAGAAUCAUGUGAUUAUUGAUAAUAGAUUUAGUCAGAUGUAA